AAUGGGCGGGGCGCAAGGGGAGAGCGCGCCGGCGGGUUCAUUCAUAAGGAGGAGGCGGCGCGCUCGGCGGGGCGGCCCCGCAGCCGGGGGGGCAGGUGUCCCCUGGUGAGGAAGAGGAGCGGGAUGCGCUGGUGGCUUGUCCUUGUCCUGGGGGUGCUGAGUGGACCCAGUGCGGGGGCCAGGAGCUGUGAUCCCCAGGAGCAGGGGACACCGGGAUGUCUCCCUGGAGAGGAGCCCACUGGGGGCACGGGGGGGACGUGCUGAGCGUGUCCCCCCAGCACCUUCUCUCUGGGGGAUGUUCCCUGCUCCGCUCACACCGGCUGCCGGGAUGGGAACAGGGUGCUGGUGGCACCGGGGACAGCGGUGACCAACAGCUGCCUACCGGGGUUUUACAGCCCUGAUGGGGAGAGGGAGCCCCAGGGCCAGUGUCUGCCCUGCGCCGCCGCUCCCCACAGCACCCCGGGGCGCGCAGGCUGGGGGUGUCACCCUGGUUUUCGGCGAGUCCGCAGCCCUGAAACGUCGGGCUGGCCGGCGGGGACCAAUGGGACACGGGUGACGCUGAUGGGUGAGGAAGAGGAGGACGCGGAGGCACAGGUGGCCGUGCUGACCAUCGUCCCGGUCUUCUGCGCCAUGGGCUUGUUGGGCAUCUUGGUCUGCAACUUGCUGAAGAAGAGGGGGUACCACUGCACCGCCAGCAAGGAGCACCCCCCAGGUGGCACUGGUCCCAGCUCCAUCUACCAGCUGGAGGACGCCAACGAGGACACUAUUGGGGUGCUGGUGCGGUUGAUCACCGAGAAGAAAGAAAACGCUGCGGCGCUGGAGGAGCUGCUGAAAGAGCAUCACAACCAACAGCUGAUGUCACCAGGCUGCAGCCCCCCAAAUAAGCUGCACCUCCUGCCUCAGUUUCCCAUCUCCUGCUGGCACCAGCAGCAUCUCCACACGGUGCAGGGUCCUGCCCCGUGCGCCUGCUGCAGCCAGAGGUGGCCCGAGCUUCUGCCACCACUCGGUGCCACCAAGGUCCCCAAACCUGCGGGUCGUCCCAGCGAGGUCACCAUCCUCUCCAUUGGCAGGUUUCGGGUGUCCCGAAUCCCCGAGAUGAGGAGUGAGGUGGGGGGUGAGCCGCCCCAUGGUCUCCUCCCCGCUGCUAGCGGGAUGCGGCCCCCGUGGUUGAAAAGCACCGACGGCCCCCCUGAGGUGGCACCUGGUCUGGGGGCUGCCUUGGGGGGACGGUGACACCCACCAAGACCUCAAAGGGUAAUGGAGGACGUUGGGGACCACAUGAAAGCCAGUCUCACUCGGUGUCACGAAGCGUUGGAGGUGGCAGCUUGGCUUCUGCUUCUGCCAGUGAGGUGUCCACCGACGGCACGGCAAAUCCAACAUGCCCAGCUGGUGAGAAGGAUUCCCUGUCCCCAAGGUCCGAUAGUGGCCACAACAUGGUGGCCUAAUGGAAAGUGUUUCCCGUUGCUAUGAUGCCGGUGGUGGUGGCCAUGGUGGUGGCCUGGUGGAGAGCGUCUCCGGGAGACAUGACGUUGGAGCACAUCUCCAUUGGUGGCACCGCACAACGGAGGACAUCACGCAACCGGGAUGCCACCUUCCGGCUCUGUUGAACUGAAGCUUCUCCAGGAACAUCAUGAGCUCUUGAUUUCUCUCUAUCACAAGGUGCCAACACUCAACAUUGUAGUCUCGGACACUCAUGGGACAAGUCCCACCUCACCAAACACCCAACCAGGGGGCUUGUUUUGGCCAAGGCUGGUCUCCUGCAUCCACAUCUCCUCUGUCCAACGUCUCUAUCAGCCCAGGAGAACAUAAAGAUCCUCCACUCCACUCCCCAUAGGAGCUGUUUCUAUAGGAUCACGUUGGCUUGGCCAUGUUGAGGCCAGUGGGACAACCCACCCAAGGUUGGGUUGGAGACCCUCAAGCUCCAUCACCAACCUAGAAACGGGUUUACGGCCAAUCCUGUUCACUUCUCCACCACAUCCCCGCACCGAAAAACCAACCACCAAACCCUCUCAGGCUCUUUUAUUUAUUUUUUUUCCUUUUUGUUUUUUGGAAACAUUUUAAUAGUUAUCGAAUGUUCUACAUCUUACAGUAAAUAUCGUACAGUUACAAA